UCCAAUAGUCAUUCCCUUAAACCCUCGUUACAUUUCGAACGUUGAGAAACUACACAAGUCUGCAAUGACAAACAACGAUCAAUCAGAGCCGUUGAUCUCUGAAACUACUAAGCACUCGCUGGAUCUACGGCCUGAAUCUCCCUUACGCCCGUCGAAACUGGCCAAGGUAAACGACGACGACAUCACCGAUAAGAAAGAGUCAACAAUGAAUCCUAAUCCUAAGCUACAGCGUUACCUUAUAGCAAUCGAGUAUAUAGGAACUCGCUUUGCUGGUGCACAGCAACAACCUAAUUGCAGAACUGUCGUUGGUGUUCUUCAGGAAGCCUUCAAGAAGUUUGUUGGACAGCCAGUAUCAGUAUUUUGCUCGAGUCGAACUGAUGCUGGAGUACAUGCUUUAUCAAAUGUUUGCCAUGUAGAUGUCGAAAGGAUAAGCAAAAGGAAACCUGGUGAAGUGUUACCUCCUCAUGAACCUUUGGUGGUAAAAAGAGCUGUGAACCACUUUUUACAGAAGAAUGAGGGUGAUAUAAUGGUUAUUGAUGUUCGGCGUGUUCCACCCGAUUUUCAUGCCAGAUACAAAGCUCAAGAACGCACGUACUUCUACCGCUUGUUUUCUGGGCCGGAGCCAGUAUCAAGCUUUGAGAGAGACCGGGCUUGGCAUGUGCCUGAGAAUCUGGAUCUUCUUGCCAUGCAGAAGGCAUGCAACAUUCUUGUUGGACGUCAUGACUUCAGUUCUUUCAGAGCAGCUGCUUGUCAGGCCAACUCGCCCAUCAGAACUCUGGAAGAACUUAAUGUUACUGAGGUCGUUUCAACUCCUUAUUUUCCAUCAGUCUCAGAGAGACUAAAGGGCAGUAGAGUGAUGGAGGAUACAACGGUAUCCUUGGGUUCAGACACCAACCAGUCCCAUAUGUGUUUGAACGCCAAUGAAGAGAAGUCGGAAGGUUCAAAUGGUCAGGCUUGUCAAGAGUUUGGCCUUAGAAAAAGACACCGUUGCUUGGUGGUGACCGCAAGGGCACGAUCUUUUCUUUACCAUCAGGUUAGGCUGCUUGUUGGAGUCCUUAAAUCAGUUGGGGCUGGAGAUCUAACAGUUCCAGAUGUAAAACGCAUCCUUGAAGCAAAAUCCAUCACUGCAGCAAGUCCUAUGGCUCCUGCUUGUGGUCUUUAUCUUGGACACGUCAAAUAUGAUCUGCCUGACACUUGUCAAAGCCAAUAAGAAGUAUUUCCUGGCGAACUAAUUUGGUGUUCUGUGAGCAUUUAUUUCUUGAUGGAACGGCUUGAACAGCUUUGAUGCAUAUGGUGGAUUAUUUUAGUCCUUGAUGCAUCAUUUCAGAAGACGUGUUGUAGCAAAAUCCAUCACAGCAGCAAGACCGAUGGGUCCUGCUUGUGGUCCUUAUCUUUGACACUUCAAAUAUGAUCCGCCUCCUGAGACUUAUCAAAGCCAAUAAGAAGUAUUUCCCAACGAACUAGUUUGGUGGUCUUUGAGCAUUUAUUUCUUGAUCGAGCGGCUUGAGCAGCUUCUUGUUAACAACUAGUAGUACCAUUUUUAGCAUAUGGUGGAUGCAAGUAGUGGGUAUCAGUAGAUAUUUUGUUUUGUUGGGUUAUUGUGGAUCAGCUUUCAUGAACAUAUCAUGUAGGGAGUUAGAACAUAUCAUGGAUUUUAUAAUUGAUGAUUAGUCUUUGGAUA